AUGGCUGUACCUCCCAGCACUUCAAACUUAGACCGCACGCAGAUCGUGCCGUCGCACGAUGGUCCACAUGUAUUGCCCAACAAUCCCUUGUUCACCAGGCUACUGCGGCACGCGCAUCGCAACCACCUUGCCAUCAUAGAUCAGGUGCUCAGCGUCUCCAAAACAUACGGGGAGCUGCUCGAUGCGGUUCUAGGGUUCAGGGAGGUCAUACGAGCAGCGUUGCCUUCUGAGGUGCAGCACCAGCUGAGCAGCGGUUAUGAGGUGUAUUUUGGAGUACUGGCUGGGGGCGGCUAUGAGUUUACCGUCGCCGUGUUGGCGGUGCUGGCGUUAGGGGGAGCAGUGGUACCAAUGUUCCCCACGGCGCCCACAGAAGAGAUUGUCUACUACGCCACUAAGUCACAGCAGGUGGCUAUCCUGUCCAGCUUAGCGACGAUUCAACUUGCACAGGAGUCAGCGCAGCGCUGUGGCAUUCCGCAGCUCAGUAUUUUACCCAAUCUACCUCGCAUGACCCGCUUAGAGCCAUUCGACAUAUCAUUGUCAUCCAACUCGCCACAAGACCCCAGCGCACCCGGCGUGGUCAUCUUCACUUCUGGCACAACCGGCAAGCCCAAGGGCGUCGUGCUGCGACGAACUUAUACAAAUGAAGGCGCUAUCACCGUCGGCGACAGCUACGGCAUCACACACACAGACGUACUUCUACACACGCUGCCCGUCCACCACACCACCGGUCUAGGUACUUCGUUUUUCCCCUUUCUCAACGCAGGAGCCUGCAUUGAAUUCCAUGGCAAGUUCGACGCCGCCACCGUCCUCAAGCGCUGGCUGCAGGGUGGCCUGACUAUCUUCUCUGCUGUGCCCACUAUCUACAUGCGCCUGAAGUGGUUCAUCGAGCAGCUCCCAACGCACGAGCAGAUCCCUUAUAAGCAGUCAGCUGGCCAGUUCCGUGCGUUUCUGUGUGGAUCUAGCGCUCUGCAGGAGCACGUACAGGACUUCUGGACCGCUUCAAUGGGCCAGCCCAUCCUCACGCGCUACGGCGCUACCGAAAUUCCUGGCUGUAUACGUGUGUCUAUCGAGCUUCAGAACAUUCCCAAGGGAAGCGUGGGCCAGCCUCUGCCAGGAGUAGAGCUUAAGAUGUCGCCUGAGGGUGAGUUGUUGGUUAAGACGCCCAACAUGUUUGCCAAGUACCUCAUGGAACCGGAGACAACGAAGAAUGCGCUUGAUGCCGAUGGCUGGUACAAGACCGGUGACAUCGCACGACGUGAGGGGAACUUCUACUUCAUCGAGGGCCGCGCGUCAGUCGAUAUUAUCAAGUCUGGUGGUUAUAAAAUCUCGGCGCUGGACGUUGAGCGCGCGUGCCUGACGCUGCCAUACGUGAACGAGGCCAUGGUAGUGGGCGUCGAGGACGACGAGUUUGGGCAGCGUGUUGGCGCGGUGCUGGCUGUGAAGAAUGCGUCGGAUGUCACCCUCGCCACAGUCAGGAGUACUCUUAGGGAUCAGCUGGCCGGGUAUAAGCUCCCCACUGUGCUCAGGGUGGUGGAAGGGGAGAUCCCGAAGGGUGCCACAGGCAAGGUACAGAAGAAGAUCCUGGGACCGAAGCUCAUUCCAAGUCCCGGAUACGAGGAGAUACCUCAAGUGCAGCACUAUUACAGAUCUUUGUGUAUAGCCAGCAUGGCCACUACGACUUCGUUCACGGUCACUAAAGGACCCAUUACUAUUGAGGCUCUCGACCAAGGUGCUGGUCCUGUCAUAGUCAUCCUUCCCUCGCUGGCCCGUGGAGCAAACGACUACGACAUCGUCACCCCAUUCCUUGUCGAAGCUGGUUACCGCGUUAUCCGCCCCCAGCCCCGUGGCAUUGGCAAGAGCAAUGGACCUAUGGACAAGCUGACCAUGCACGACUUCGCCGCAGACGUGGCCAUUGUCUUAGACCACAUCGAGUGCGGCCCGUCCGUCAUCGUCGGCCACGCCUGGGGCAGCCAGCCGGCGCGCAUGCUGGCCGCCGACCGUCCAGACCUCGUCCUUGGCGUCGUCAUGGCAGCCGCCUCGGCAGGCAAGCUUCCCCACGGAUCAACUGAGAAACCCUUCAGCCGGCUGCGCACUGAGAUUGACGGGUCCGGCAAUAUGUCCCUCCCGGAGACCAAGCGCCUUGAGUACCUUCGAGCGGCCUUCUUCGGACCCGACAGUAACCCACGUCUGUGGCUGGACGGGUGGAACGAAGCUGCGCAUAAGGCUCAGGCGCGUGCGCGCAUGUGCACGCCCGUCGACAAGUACUUUUCUGCUGGAGAGACUGUUCCGAUCUUGGAUCUACAGGCUGAGCACGACGCCGUUGUCGUGAAGGAUGUGAUGAAGCCGUGUCUGGGUGAUCGUGUUGAGGUGCAGGUUAUCAAGGGUGCUGGCCAUGCUAUGGCACCAGAGCAACCAGAGGCUAUGGCCAACGCCAUUAUCAGUUUCGUUAAAAAUAUCUAA